CAGAAGGUGGUCACCAAUAUCCGUGGAUUCCUUUCGAACCGGCUGCCCAGCGUUUCGAUUCCCGACACAGGAUGGAAAGAAUCCAUCCUGCAACUGCCGAAGAAAUGGCUCUCGACAUCGGAAGCUACAGACGAAUUUGGAUUCCCCCAGAUGCUACCCAAGGUACCUGUUCCGACGGUGGAACAAACGAUGGCCGAGUAUCUGCGGGUGUUACAACCGAUCGUAACACCACAGCAGCUCGAUCGGACCAAAUCGAUCAUUAAGCAGUUCAGCGCCACCAUCGGACCGGGUCUGCAGGAGUAUCUGCUGGCGAGGCGAGAAACCGAGGACAACUGGGCGUACCAUUACUGGCUCAACGACAUGUACAUGGACAAUCCGCUCCCGUUGCCGAUCAAUUCGAACCCAGGUAUGGUGAUGCCACCGCGCAAGUUCACCAUCGUUAACGAUCUGGCGCAGUUUGCGGCACAACUCAUCGAUCAACUGAUGGACCACAAGGAAAUGCUCGAGAGCGGUGAAUUGAAGCAGGAGCGUGCGGCGUCCCGCGAGAAGGGACAGCCCUUAUGCAUGGCACAGUACUAUCGGCUGCUCGGUUCCUGCCGUCGUCCGGGCGAUCCGCGCGAUAGCCAGUUCCUGCCACCGGGUGGAGAACAAACCGAUGCGCACGUAAUUGUGUGUUGCCGUAAGCAUAUGUACUGUGUACCGGUAAAAGCAGGUGAUCGUGGGCGUUUGAACGAAAAUGAACUGGCCGCGCAACUGUUACACAUUCUCAACGAGGCCCCUUGUUUGCCAGAGACGGAAUCGGCCGUUGGUAUCCUAACAUCGGAAACUCGACCCAAGUGGGCCGCGGACCGUGAAAUGCUGCUGCUCGAGGAAGGCAACGCACGUAACAUCGAGCUAAUCGAAACGGCACUGGUGCUCAUCUGCAUCGAUGAACCGAUUCCUCUGUCGUACAAUGCGCGCGGUUUCAAUGGUUCACCGGCCGGUGCACACUACGCCGGCGGUCGAGACGAAAGCAACAUGGCCCACGAGAUGAUUCACGGUGGCGGUAGUGCGUACAAUACCGCCAACCGUUGGUUCGAUAAGACGAUGCAAUUGAUUAUCUGCAACGAUGGCACGUGGGGUCUCUGCUACGAACAUUCACCUUCCGAAGGUAUCGCCGUAGUACAGCUACUGGAAGGCAUCCUAAAGCGAAUCGAAGAGGCCCCGCCAAAGGACGGACCGACAGAACAAUUGCAGUUGCAACAGUCUCAUCUGCCACCUCCAGAACGAUUGGAAUGGGUUGUGCGACCCGAAAUUGAACGGCGUCUUCGAGAGGCUGCUCGAUCGGUGGAUAGACGGAUUGAAGAUCUCGAUUUUUAUGUGUACCGGUACAAACCGUACGGUAAAAACUUUAUAAAGGCGUGCCAGGUCAGUCCGGAUGUUUUCAUUCAGUUGGCGCUGCAAUUAGCCCAUUACAAACUGUACGGACAUCUUGUGAGCACGUACGAAAGUGCAUCCACCAGACGGUUCCUACUAGGACGGGUCGACUGCAUCCGCUCGGCCAGCAUGGAAGCGCUCGAGUGGGCCAAAGCGAUGUGUCAAGGCGAAGGUCCCAAUGUGACGCUCGAAAGCGACAAGGAGGAUGACUACAGUGCGGAAGCCUCAUCGGAUGUCAAAAAAGUAACUUUCAGUAUUUACAGUAAAGAUCAUCUGAGGGAGUUAUUCCGUUGUGCCGCAGCUCGGCAGACCGAAGUGAUGGUGCAAAACAUACUUGGCUACGGGAUCGAUAUACAUUUGCUCGGGUUGAGGGAGGCUUGUCGUGAGCGCGAAGGAAACCUCCAUGAGCUAUUUACGGAUGAGUGCUAUAAAAUUGCUAAUUGUUUCCUUCUUUCCACCAGCCAGGUGGCCUGCUCGACUAACAGCUUCAUGGGAUAUGGACCGGUUACGCCACACGGUUAUGGCGCCUCGUACAAUCCCCACCCAAACGAAAUCAUCUUCUGCAUUUCAGCCUUCUUCACGUCGGACAAAACGAGUGCAUCCCGAUUUGCACGUUCACUGCAGGACUCACUGGACGCCAUGCGGGAUCUGUUAUCAUAA